AUGGACUGCCUUGAAUUCAAUAUACACCAGCGAAUAUUGUCCGACAUUGCUACCAAUGACGAAGGAGACUUCGUUGAACAGGUUCUCUCAAGCAGAGUGCAGACGCGAGUAGAUGCAGUAAUACAGGAGGAGGAGAAUAAGGACGACAUUGAAGGCGUAGAACAAGGACAAAACUAUGAACGUGUUUAUAUGUCUGCGAGGAGGGUGCAAUGCAACAUUGGGUUCGCGGACCUGGUUGUCAACUUUCCUGACUCACGCGUAAACACUUCACUGCAUUCUGUUAUGAUGUCGCUCAUCGAUAUCUUGCGAGAUGUACCGUAUAUUGAUUUCGACAAAUCGUUGUCCUGGACGGAUUGGUCCCUACCCGACCAACUCGUAUUUUCCACUAUCUCAGCAAUACUACGCCUUUCAAAUGAGCAUCGACAAUAUUGUGAACGUGCCACUGCAGCAAUCUUCUUCUUCGUGUCUGUUUCAGUCCAAAAAAUCCACAGCAGUUCAUCUCUCGACGUUCUCACUCAGCUUAUGCCAGCUCUGCACGGAUUCUAUCGUGCAAUCAGUUCGACUUCGUAUUGUUGGACACUUGCUCAAUGGGAAACUCUCACCUUGCAUUUGAAAGUCUUAUGUUCUUCGAAAACCAUAGAAAGGCUCAAUCAUCUUCUUGUUGAUAUUUUGCAACAAGAAAACGCAGACACCGAGACCCUUCGCCAUAUACAGACUUUUGUGACCCGCUACGUGGGGCAAGGCCGCCCACUGAGUGGUCAUUUCAUCGUGUGUUGUGUGUUGGAAACCGAGUGGACUGUGCUUGCUCAAGUGCUUGCUCCUUCUACGAAUAGUAGAUCUGCGGUCGUUGAAGCGGCCGCUGCGAACAAGGCUUGGCUUUCCCUGACCAAAAAUGCUGCACUUGAGCUGGAUAUAGAGUCAGAGCAGACUAAGGAUGUACUUAAAAGCACCAUCAAGUAUGCUUUACAGUGCUUCAAUGAUCUUCUACUUCAAAUAGAAGAAAUGGAAGCAGCGCCCUCCGUGGAUACUUGUGCAUGGGAAACAGUUUCUGAAAGCCUGAAACUUGCAUCAAUUUGUUGUUUGGCUCUACGAGAGAUAGAUGAGCAACUUUAUAGCCGAAUUCUACUCCUACUCAGCACCGAUUCCCCUAUCUCGGAUAAUCUUGCCCAAGAAGCGGCCCUUAAAGCAACAACUGUUCUCGUACGAAGUUUCCCAGAUAUUGCACCAAACAUGGUGGGACACCUGCGCCGCUUCGUGACUUCUCCUCUGCCACUUUUUGAAUAUGGUUUUCAUUCGGAGAGUCGUGUUCCCCCUCCGCUAUCUGCUGCUGCUAAAUGCUUGGCAUUGUGCAUUAGACUCGCUCCCGGAGAUGAUUUAAUCAUGUCCAACAUGUAUUCACUUUUGAAUUACAUUGCUGCAACAAGCAAGGACAUCUAUGAUUCUGCCAGUGUUCAUAGCCACGGUUAUUCCCUCAUUUCGCAUGGGCAAUCCAAUCUACAUUCUCUUGAAUCAGGCUUGCGCGGCCUUUCGGAAGACGAGAAGAGAUUGAUUGGUAUAAGCACAAUAUCCGCUGUUACCAGGCUUGCUCUUGAAUUCAAAAUGGAAGAGGUCACACGGCUUACCAUCUCAAUGUUGCUGCAACGGUUGCCUUCUGCUGAGCCCACUGUGGAGGCUGCCAUUGCAUAUAAUCUCGUCGACCUUGCUUUGGUUGCUCCCCUAAGUGCAUUCAACGACAUUGUCAAGGCAUUUUCUACCAUCAAUCGUUCUGCAAACCCUGAUGACCCGCGUUUCUCCAAUAAUAUGGUUCUAGCUGCUCAGACGCGUCUAGCUCAAGACCUUCAUCAAAGACCAGAACUCUAUGAAAGCUAUCUCAUCGAAUUGUUGACCCUUUUUGCCGACAAAGGAGUUGCAAUACAGAACUUGAAAAUAUUGAAUCAUCAUGUCAAGAUCGACGACAUGGUGGAACAGUUAGCUUCUCUUCUUCUUCCUAUCGAUGCUCUUCUGGGACAUCGGGACUUCAACCCCCACGAAAACCCUUCCAAAGAGGUUAUGACUUUGUUCAGAAACACUUGGUUUCUUUGCAUUCUUUUUGGUUUUACGACAGAAGAUACCAGUGGUGCAAGCGCUAUGGACUGGCUCAAGCCAGCACUUGCUCGUAUCGCUAUCAAAACUCCUUCAAUGGUCGUUGAAGAAUCACAUGAUGCAGUGGCAAGCGACGUUGAAUAUAACUCUGUCAUCCGACAGGAAUAUUCCAACACUGUGAUAUCAACGCACCGAGCUUGCUUGGCCGGGUACAUAUCAUAUCGGGCCAGCGACAUUCGAUAUCUCUCCUCUGGUCAAGUUAUAUUUGUCUUGACACUUCAUGAUAUCGAAAGCAUGCGAUCGGCAUUCGGAUAUCCAUCAUCUCUUGUCUCUUAUUUCAUUAAUGACAGUCUUAACAGCCAUCCCGGGUUAAGCGCUUGUAUGGAGUCCUUGGCGGAGAAAGUUAUACGGGACGCCAUUAUCGAUCUUAAUUCCAAGGCCUCACAACAAGCGUUGCCUAAACAUCUAUCGACAGAGCUCCUUGCCUUGGUUGUUUUGAGCACCCACAGGAUUGCAAAGGCCAGAGAUAUUGCGUCCAAAUAUCUUAAUCGCCUUAUCACCUCAUUCCCUUCAUUAAUGUGUGAUCCCACUUUAGUUUUUGCAAUUUUAGAAGUUCUUACACUCCUCCAACGGUCAUGCGAAAAUGAAUACAUCGACGAGUACAACCCAACCUAUGAAUUCCACUCCGACAGAAGUGGGAUAACUUUGCAGCUCACAGAUAGCUACCAAGUUCGCAACGAUAUACUUGGACAGUUGCAGAGAAAUGCCAACACUUGGUUUGAACUGGCCUUGGGACGCGCCCCAAUGGAACUACAAUCCACACUGCAGAAAUAUCUUGCUGUCAACCAGUCAUUGGCUGGAAUCAAUUCAGCAGAAUUAGGAGCCUCAAUGGCGGAAAAAUUCGGUAGAGCUAUUGGUCCAGUGCAUCGGCAGCUUCCAUCGUUGUCGUCACUCUCACAAUGGAAAAUCGAUGCCUCAAAAAUUCUGUCCAGCCAAAUUGCAAUCAAGGGUUAUUUUGCUGGAGAAGUGGCUGGUGUCCGAUUGGCAAAUCGGGAAGGUACCGAUAAAUUAGUUAAUCCACCACCUCAAGAUGCUCCACCUACCGAAAUCAAUGCACUCAAAUCCAAACUACAUAACACCCUUAAAGAAAUCAAGGGAAAGAACAGCAAGUUAACAAUCAAUGAUCUCAGAAGGCUUCUUUUCCGUUGCGCUGCUACUCUCAUUGCUUUGGAAAAGAAUGAUUACGAUCUAAUUCACUAUCUGGCCAGAUUACCUUUUGGUGUGGCUACGCCUUCUGCAAUCGCCUCUGGCAUUGAUGUUUGGUCUUGGGUCAUUGCCGAAAAAUCUCAAGUAGAAGUGGCUUUAAUGGGUGAAAUUUUGUCUGCUUGGUCUGACACAAUCCAGCUGCAUAGCGGUUUGUUUUCGAAGUCUUUGAAUUAUGACGAUCCUUUCUUCCAUCCAAUAAGCUAUAGUCCUACCGACAAGGAAACCAUUGACCGUGGUCUUGCCCAUGCGCGUAGGGUGCUUACACCACAUGCACUUGUUUUGCAAAUGUUGUUUAGCCGCCUUCAAGCAGCACGCUACCACAGACCUAGUGUCAUGUUGAUCAUCCAACACUUGGUCCUACGUACAUGCCGAGCUUACAAAAGUUUAAGCACGCAUGCCCUUUCACGCGAAGCACGAUUCUCGUUUCUUCUAUUUGGGUUUGAAACGCUGAAAAGCUCCCAUCUGGAUGCUUAUUGUGAAAACAUUCUACGAGAGUGCCUUUAUACAGUUGCCUUCUCGUGGUUUUCCGUGCGGCCUCAAUGGUCCUAUGGGGCUAAUCGAGUCCAAGUCGAUGCGGAUAUAAAAGUACUAUCUCAAUUCCUCGCAUACCUUCAGUCAGACUCCGUUAGAGGGGGUCUGACGAUUUCGAGUUUAUCGGUGUCACGAUUUACAUCCAGUUAUUAUGCAGAGCGAAUGCGUAUCUUUAAUCUUCCAUUGCGAUUGUUGACUGAGAGUGAAAUUUUCCGUUUGUCGGUUUGGGGUAACGCGACCAAUGAUGCAAAAAAAGGUGGCGAUAUUAUUGGAAAUACAGAAAGAACUCUUUUGGAUUCGUCCUGGGUCAGCAUAGCGCGGACUGCUUGGCGAAUCAACCCCGCCAUUGCAGUGUACCUUGUGGAACGCUUCAAGAAUCCUAUAGUUCGACACGAGGUUGGGAAAUUGGUUCGCUCGAGUACAAUUGAUGUCCUUGAAGUUCCUGAGGCCCUCACAUUUUUGCUUGGGGAUAAACUCGACCCCAAUGUCCGUAGAGAUUUGAAACAUCUGCUUCUGUGGUCUCCUGUUCCGCCAAUUAUCGCUAACACAUUCUUUGAACGACGGUUCAAUAGUGAUCCUCUGGUAUUGCAAUAUGCUCAUCGAGUUUUGGCACAACAUCCAGUCGAGCUCACCUUCUUCUUCAUUCCACAAGUCGUUCAAGCUCUGCGUUAUGAUGAUUUGGGCUACGUGUCUCGUUUUAUAUUUGAGACUGCGAAGAUUUCUCAGCUAUUUUGUCAUCAAAUUAUCUGGAAUAUGAAAGCAAAUUGUUAUAAAGACGACGCGGCUGAGAUUGAGGAUCCAAUGAAACCAUUGCUUGACGCGAUGACAGAAAAGGUGGUUCUCUCUCUGUCUGGAGAAGCGAGGGCCUUCUACGACAGAGAGUUCUCGUUUUUUAAUGAAGUCACUUCGAUCUCUGGUAAACUAAAGCCUUACAUCAAGAAGACCAAACCUGAAAAGAAGGCAAAAAUUGACGAAGAGAUGGCGAAGAUUAAUGUCGACGUCGGAGUAUAUUUACCGAGUAAUCCAGACGGAAUCGUGAUUGAUAUUGAUAAAAAAUCCGGCAAGCCAUUGCAAAGUCAUGCCAAAGCACCCUUCAUGGCGACCUUUAAAGUCAGAAAGGAACGUAUCCAGAUCAAUAGUGAUCCAGACUCACUCCUCAAUGGCGAAGGUGGAGGCAUUGAAACUCGCGCAGAAUAUGAUGUCUGGCAACAAGCUAUUUUCAAAGUCGGUGAUGAUUGUCGCCAAGAUGUUCUUGCACUUCAGGUCAUUGCCAUGUUCAAGAAUAUCUUCACUAGCGUUGGGUUAACACUAUAUCUUUUCCCUUACCGUGUCACUGCGACGGCUCCUGGUUGUGGCGUUAUUGAUGUGGUUCCAAAUGCUACCUCCAGAGAUGAAAUGGGCCGAGCAAAAGUCAAUGAUCUUCAAGAUUUCUUUGUGGCGAAGUAUGGCGGACAAGAUACCACAAGUUUCCAAAAAGCUCGUCUCAACUUUAUUCAAUCAAUGGCCGCCUACUCUGUUGCCUGUUAUAUAUUGCAGAUCAAAGACCGACACAAUGGAAAUAUAAUGAUUGACGGUGAUGGGCAUAUUAUUCAUAUUGUGUUCUUGUACUUACCUACGGUGCUUCCUGCUUUCUUACGUCCUGGAGGCGUCAAAUUCGAGCCUCAUUCGUUCAAGCUUAACCAUGAAAUGGUAGUGCUAAUGGGAGGGCGAGGCUCGCAAGGCUAUCAAAUGUUCCAGAAUUUAACAGUCAAAGCAUUCUUAGCAAUUCGACCUUUUGCAGAACAAAUAAUCAGCACUGUGCAAUUAAUGCUGGAUACAGGACUUCCUUCAUUUAAAGGAGAACCCACGAUCAAACGUCUGAGAGAUCGGUUUGCAUUGCAAUUAAACGAAAGACAGGCAGCCGAGUUUAUGAUGGGGAUAAUCCGCAACGCCCAUGAAAACGUAAGAAGUACCGCUUAUGACGAGUUUCAACGGCGAACGAUAAACUUACUUCCUGAAGAGAACUUCGCAUCAAGUCAUUUUACAUCCAUAGAUGGAUCGGAUCAGGAUUCCUCUGAGUGGGGUUUAUCUCAGUCAGAAGGAUCGUUCGAUAGCGCCAGCUCCCGUAGAACGGUCAAUAGCUUCAAGACUAUGACCAUCACGCGAGGUUACACAGAUGAGGGCGACAAAAUAUUGAAUUACUUGGAAUAUGGCGUUUUUGAUGCCCUUGAAAAACGGUUUCUACGAAGUUUUAUCUUCGCUAUUUAUCUGGAUAAUAAAGAUCCCUGCAAUAUUGUUGAGGCUUAUACGUUCAAUUUUAAGUAUCUCUCAGUACCAGGAAGUGAAGUUCCCUUUCCUGUGAUGAGUAUGACAGAUGCUAUGAGUUCAUCGACUCGAAGGAAUGUCGAAGAUCCGGUUACAAGAGCUAUCAAGAAUGGAAGAGCACCCACGUUGAAAGAUGUGAAGAAUAGCGUCAAGAGUAUGUUGAAAACACUGAUACAGGCUAUGCAUCAUAUGGACUUGUUGCCCAAACGUCGCUUUGCAACAUUUAAACUUUUUUAUACUGAGGAAACACCCGCAGAUUACGAACCUCCUAAUUUUCAGGCUGGGGACGUAGAUAAAGACAGAUGGUAUUUUAUGACCCACGACCUAGACGAGGUUCCUGAAAGAUGCAGUAUUGGGAAAUUUGAUGCAGGACACCAUUUGGUCAAGCUCAGCGUUACUUCUAUCGCAUCUUAUCUACCCUCUUCUACAAUUCAUGAUCAUGCAACAUUUUCUGGUAUCACCUCUCAGCCAGGACACCAAGCCCUUUCAGCAGUGCAAGAAGCUGAUUUACGCGAAAAUGAUGUCCACAAGCAGUUAGAAGAUGCUGAGCAAAGAAACCUUCUAUGGGCUGUAGAGGAUCUGAGUGAUCGAGAUGCGGAUGGAGAGGACGAUACGGAUUAUAUGCAGGACUCUAAUGAACAAUGCCUUCCGGUUGGUAUCCGAAACAUUAACGGAGAGAUUGAAGCAAUUCCAAUGAAUAAACGAACGGUCGAACAACACUUCAGUGGAUUGAUAGAAAACAUUCCAAAGCGUUUGCAUGAGAUUGUAGCGCAAGAAAUACCCAAAGGCGCUCAUUUGGACGAAACGCAGCCUCUGUUGGCUACUGGCGACUAUAACACUGUUGACAACGAUACUGGUAGAGCUUUAAACUCGCGUUCACCGGAGCAACCGAGAAGCUCUCCCUUUUCUAAUGCGCCCACAACACCUACGCCUCAUGACUUUGAUCCAGAAAUGCUGAAGAGCAUGAGCAUCGGAGGCCAGGAUGACAUCGAAAUGUUAGAUCUUGAAACGCAAGUGCGAGAGGAAACGUCUUCAGCACCUGACUUGUUUCCUCCUGAAGGAUCCCAAGAUAACACGAAUAAUCAUGAAUCCGACGAUAAUGGGUUGGACUGUGAUUGCGGAAUUUCUUUAGAAGAUCUGUGCUGUUACUGUGAAGGAGGAUGUAAAAAAUGGUUCCAUGUGUGGUGUAUGGGGUAUCAUUCCAUCGACGAUCCAAGAAUGCCCACGAAGUUUGUAUGCUUCGACUGUCGAAUGCAGAAGGACAUUACAUGGGAGCUCAUUAAGAUUGAAAUAUACCCUCGCAUGCUGUCCAAGUUCAAGGAGCUUGCUCUUUUCAGGCGUGCUAUAAAGGUCGCGCAAAAGGAACAAAAGUUUACUUCAUUUCAGUUUUCUAAAUCUUUCGCUCAUGGUGACAUGGAGUUAACUUCACAAAUGCUGAAAAAACUGGAGGAAGACGAACUAGUCCUUCUUGAAUCCACCUCAUUGGACGACAUGGGACUCACUAUUACAAGUCACUCCAAAAAAGGAAAGAACAACAAGGGAAAGAGUGUUGGUAAACAACCCAGGCCUCGUAGAAACAUGCAAAAAACGUUAUAUGUCUUCAACCGAAAUGCGGUAACCAAAUCCCAGUACCUAGACUGCUUCAACCCAGACGACAAGGAGCUCGAACGACGCCUUCUUGGCGUCCCAGAAUUGGUUGACCGAACCAAGAAAACAACUCAAAAACUUUUCGAAGGUCAAACUGCAGGUUUGGAAGGUGUUCAUCAGCAAAUGCGAGCUGAGUCAAUCGAUCGGCCGAUCAAUGAUUCCAACGACACACAGACUCAGGAUGAAACUCAACAGAUUCAAAGCCGCGUGCAGAAGAGAUCUGCGCCUCUCCGGGAUGACACGAAUGACACGAAUCCUGUCAGACCCAAGAAAAUCAAAAUGUCGUUGGCAGUUGGCGUUGAUCUGGCGGAGUGA